AUUCCUAAUGAGAAUGGGGAUUUCCUCUGACUGCCUGAGAUCAGACUGAGCCCUGUCUCUGCUGCCACUCAGGUGAAGAGCUACUGCUGCCCAUUCCCACAGGUGGAUGAAGGGUUAAUCUUGUCUCCUGCUGUUUCGUUCUCAUCAUUUCCCAGCAGCAGCAGCAGCAACACCGCCUCUGAGAAAACUUCCUGCUCCUGGACUUUCCGGCAUUGAGAGCUGCAGCAGCCACAGCCACAGAGCAGCCUUCUCCCCGAGACAGUGAACCUUGUGGAUUCUCAAUGGGCAGCAAGUGACCCCCAGCUUCCGAGCAAUGCUGGCAUACAUGGCGUGCACUGCAGGUAUUGCUUUGGAAAGCAGUGCUGCAAUGGAUUUUAUGAACGACAGCAGCGACCAGAAAGAGGAUGCAGAGUUACUGCUUACUUAUCUUAAUGUGUCUGAUGUGGUUACUAUAAUGGAAAACCUCUAUCGAGAUGGGGAAGUGUGUGCUGGCGAGAAGAACAUUGUUACACGGUGUCAAGACACGUAUGACUAUGAGGAGAGGUCAGACUCUUUGUUUCUCAGUGGGCAAGAAACCUCUCUCUUAUCAUCCGUCAAAUAUGGAACUACAAAGGAAUUACUCAGCUUUGCAAAUCAGUUGUCCGAUGCAACAAAGCAUUUACAUAAAUGUUUGCAACAGGAAUGUGGAAUUAUUUUAAACCGGAUGCUCACGAUUAGAAACGGGCGAUAUCGGACAGAUACUGACGUGCUGCUAUUUCCAUGGAAGAUGACCUAUAAAAGCAUUGGGUCAGAAUUCAUCCCCCGGGGUGCCUUUGGGAAAGUCCACCUAGCGCAAGACGUGGAGACUAGAAAGAGAAUGGCGUGUAAACUGAUCCCGGUGAAACAGUUCAAACCAGCAGAUGUGGAGUUUCAAGUACAGUUUCAGCAUGAAAAUAUUGCAGAAUUAUAUGGAGCUGUGUUGUGUGACAGUAUGGUUCAUCUUUAUAUGGAGGCUGGAGAAGGAGGAUCUGUUUUAGAGAAACUGGAGAGCUGUGGUCCUCUACGGGAGUUUGAAAUUAUUUGGGUGACCAAACACAUUCUCAAGGGUCUCGAUUUUCUUCACUCAAAAAAUGUAAUCCAUCAUGACAUAAAGCCCAGCAACAUAGUAUUCAUGUCUACAAAAGCAGUUCUAGUGGAUUUCGGACUCAGCAUUCAGAUGACUGGUGAUCUGUAUUACCCGAAGGACUUGAGGGGGACUGAGAUCUACAUGAGUCCAGAAAUAGUUCUGUGCAGAGGACACUCUACCAAAGCGGAUAUAUACAGUAUGGGGGCCACCAUCAUUCACAUGCAGACCGGGAACCCACCCUGGGUAAAGCGAUACCCGCGCUCAGCAUAUCCCUCUUACCUCUAUAUUAUUCAUAAACAAGCACCCCCAUUAGAAGACAUUGCAGAAGACUGCAGUCCUGUCAUGAGAGACUUUCUGGUAGCGUUAUUAGACAAGAAUCCAAAUCAGCGACCUACUGCUGCAGAGCUGCUGAAACACGAGGCACUGAACCCUCCCCCGGAGGACCAGCCUCGCUGCCAGAGCCUGGACACGGCUUUGCUUGAACGGAAGAGACUACUUAAGAAGGAGCUUGAGCUGCCUGAAAACAUCACAGAUUCUUCCUUCUACACCAGUGAAGAGUCUGAGGUACUGAGGAGACAGCGGUCACUAUCCAUAGACCUGGGUGCCCUUGCUGGCUAUUUUAACCUUGUGCGUGGACCUCCGACAGUGGAAUACGAUUGUCCAUAAAGGCAGACUUUCUAGAAGCAGGAAAAUGAACUUAUCUGCGAUGUGAACACUUAAAAAGUCCAUAAGUGAAAUUGGGAACUGGGACACGUAUAGCUAUGAAAGAAUGAUGACCAAAUAUUUCACAUUUGGAGCUUAUGUAAAAAUGAUGAGCAAAAAAAAAAAAAAGUAUUCUGACAUUUGCAGAUGCUUAAAAUUGUUCCUAUUGACUUUUAUAGCUAUUUUUGCAUAGAAUGUUACAUAUAAGGGUUAGAUAAAAGAAAAAUACAUGGUCAUUAGUCUAAUCCGUGGGUCUAUUGCUGUCUAGAGUAUAUAAUGACUAAUAUGAUAGAAAAUAUUCAGUAUAACACACUUUAUGCCAAUCAAUUAUAAAGUGACGGAAGGAUAAAAAAAAUGGGUGGCCGCCAGCAGGACAAAUACACCGGCUGAGCUUCUAGUUAAACCAGUCUCUUUAGGCUUAUUGACAUUGUUUGCUAUCUGUAACUAUAUAAAUUGGUCUUUUAAUGAUAGAAUAUUGAGCCCUAAAUUUAAGUCUGGAACUUACCUAUUGGUCAUAGUUUGUACAUUUUACAAACCAUCAGUAUGCCACUUAGAGCUGUUCAGCUGGUGACCCCCUAGUCUACCCCAUACUACUUUUUGGACAUUUACACAAAUAAUCAUUAGCGUUGCUUUUUAGUGUAGAUCCUUUAUGUAUGUGUCAAAUGACAGAUUAUUAUUAAAAAAAACACAUAUUUGUUAAAGAAAUAUUCCUAAGGCUCCUAUGGAAGUUAAGUUCAUUGUUACAUGUGAACUGUAAUGUUUUUACAUAACAUUUAGUACAUCCUGACGGAUGAGUGGGAGAGCCACUGAGUCAACCUGUGGUGCCGUGAGUUGUGUUGACCGCCCCUCUGGCACUCACAGGGUUAAUAUUGCUUGUUAGAUGUAAACUGCAAUGAAGCUGAUUAGUGCUCUCUUUGCACUAUGGAUAUAAGUCAUACUGUGUAUGUUUAAAUAAAUAAGGACAUUUAUAUUGUUUGCAUUAAAGGCUUAUUGGUAUUAAGCAUUCGUUCUAGAGUGUGCAGGAAAUUUGUGCAGCAAAUCUUUGUAUCAGAUUCUGAAAAAUAAUAAAUACUAAUUGAAACCAG